CCAUUUCAACACUUACUUUCUUCGCUGCUUCCUUUCCCACACACCCCCAUUUUCCUCUCUGUUUUAACUAUUUCCCCUCUUUUUUACUUUUUCCUUUUCUUCCUCGAUUUCAAUCUCCUCCGCCUCUAUUGUUGGGAGUUUUCAAUUGAUUUUUGGUGAAUUUGAUCUGAGCUGCGCGAUACUCUUUUGUGAAUAGGGGAAGUGUUCUGUGGCUAUUUUCGAUCUGGACGCGGAUAUUUAGGGUUUUGUAAUCAGUUGUCAUGGCCGAGAGUCGGCGCUACGCGCUCAAUGCUCAAUUAGAUAUUGAGCAGAUACUUCAGGAAGCACAACAUCGGUGGCUGCGGCCUGCUGAGAUUUGUGAAAUUCUUCAAAAUUACAAGAAAUUUCGUAUUGCUCCAGAGCCUCCGAAUAGACCCCCAAAUGGUUCUCUCUUUCUUUUUGACCGAAAGGUGCUGAGAUAUUUUCGAAAAGAUGGUCAUAACUGGAGGAAGAAGAAAGAUGGCAAAACAGUGAAGGAGGCUCAUGAAAGGCUCAAGGCUGGAAGUGUUGAUGUACUUCAUUGCUAUUAUGCUCACGGGGAAGACAACGAAAAUUUCCAACGUCGUAGCUAUUGGAUGCUUGAAGAGGAACUGUCGCACAUAGUUCUUGUCCACUAUCGGGAGGUAAAGGGGAACAGGACAAAUUACAGUCGCAUUAGGGAUGCUGAUAGUACUCCGGUUAGUCAGCAAAGUGAAGCAGUAUCGAAUUCCGAGGUGGACAGCUCAGCAGCUUCUAGAUUUCAAUCAUAUGAUUACCAAAGAGCAUCACCAAUCACAGAAACAAGCCUUAACAGUACUCUGGCGUCUGAUCUUGAAGAUGCUGAAUCAGCAUACAGACACCAAACAAGUGCUGGAUUCCAAACUAUUCAUGAUUUGCAAUCUCCUAUAGUAUCAACAACAAAUGCUGAUCCUAUUCCUUUCCACCCAAUUCCUGUACCAAGCAACUACCAGGGGCACUCAUCAACUAUUUCUGAUAUGAGUUUUGGACCCAUCACACAAGGAGAAGAAAACAGAUCUCCCAUGAAUAGUGGUUUGACGUAUGAUUUUCAGCAAGAUAUUGGAUUUCCGUCUUGGGGAAAUGUAGCUGGUAGUGCUAGUUAUCAAUCUCUAGAUUUUCAGCUAUCACUUCCUUCUUCCCAAUCAAAUGCAAUGAGCAUGAUGCCUGGACAAGAUAAUGAUCUCCUCAACCAUGUUUUUACCGGUGAAUUCAAGAAGCAGCAGGAGUUCAUGAACCAUUCUGAUAGCAUGGGAGAGUGGCAGGCUACAGAUCGUGGAUCAUUGCACAUGUCAGAUUGGUCCAUUGACCAGAAGCCUGAUGGUAAUAACCUGAAUAUAGGGCAGAACCCCAAUCAACCAGCUCCGAGACAGCCUCUGUUGCAUGAUCUUGCUACCAAACUGAAUGAUGCUAAAGAAGUGGAACUGUCUGACUCAAUGGCAGUCCAUAGUGCGUACCUAACUGAUCAACAUAGACGACAUUUGGAAAAUGAUCUUCAAGAUCAAGCUUUGAAUUCUGGCAGAAAUUCUCUUAAAUCAGUACCUGGCGGAAACUUCAAUACAGGGGACGAAGCCAAUUAUCCGUCCCUGCGACAGCCUCUAUUAGAUGGUGUUAUGCGAGAAGGUCUGAAAAAGCUAGACAGCUUUGAUCGUUGGAUUAGUAAAGAGCUUGAUGAUGUCACUGAGUCAACUAUGCAGCCAGGUUCCGGGGUUUACUGGGAGACGGUUGGUGGAGGAGAUGGAGACGAUUCUGGUAUCUCCACUCAAGUGCCAUCAGACAACUAUGUUCUCAGCCCUUCCCUUGCUCAAGAUCAGCUCUUUAGCAUUAUUGACUUCUCGCCAAAUUGGGCGUAUUCUGGUUCGGAAAUUAAGGUGCUUGUUAUGGGGAGAUUCCUGAGGAACAAAGAGGCAGAGAAUUAUAAAUGGGCUUGCAUGUUUGGUGAACUUGAGGUUCAUGCAGAGAUUGUAGGAGAGGGUGUUCUUCGAUGCCUUACACCUUUACAUGAGCCUGGAAGGGUCCCCUUCUAUAUCACAUGCUGCAAUAGAUUAGCAUGCAGUGAAGUGCGAGAAUUUGAAUUCCGGGCUGCGACUGUUGAAGAUGUGGACUCUGAUGAAACUCGUCUGUACAUGAGAUUUGGAAAGCUGCUGUCUCUUGGAUCAGACACACCGCAAAUCUCUCUCCAAAGCAUUGAUGAUGAAACCUCUCAGUUAUUUAGUAAAAUCAGUGCCUUGCUGAAAGACGAUACUGAGUGGGAACAAAUGUUGAGCUCUACUAAGAAGGACGAGUUCUCAUCUGAUAACGUAAAGGAUCAGCUACUAGAAAAGCUUUUAAAGGAGAAGUUGUAUAAUUGGCUUAUCCAAAAGAUUGCUGAAGGUGGGAAGGGCCCUAGUGUACUAGAUUCGGAAGGCCUAGGUGUAUUGCAUUUUGCGGCUGCUUUAGGUUAUGACUGGGCUAUACCGCCAACAAUAGCUGCUGGAGUCAGUGUUAAUUUUCGUGAUGUAAAUGGAUGGACUGCACUUCACUGGGCAGCAUAUUACGGCAGAGAGCACACAGUGGCCUUCCUCAUAUCCUUUGGUGCGUCACCUGGAGCAUUGACGGACCCAACUCCAAUACAUCCUUCAGGAGAAACUCCUGCAGACCUUGCAGCUAGCAAUGGACACAAAGGUAUUGCUGGUUAUCUCGCAGAAUCUUCAUUGAGCUCCCACCUAUCAUCACUCGACUUGAAAGAUUCAAGGCAGAGUGACAGUAUAGAGAAAGUGGUGGAAACAGUUUCCGAGAGGAUUGCAACUCCAGUUGGGGCUGGUGAUUUGCCCCAUGGACUUUCAAUGAAGGAUUCUUUGGCUGCUGUACGUAAUGCAACUCAAGCUGCAGCUCGCAUACAUCAAGUCUUUCGAGUACAGUCAUUUCAAAGAAAACAGUUAAAGGAGUAUGGUGAUAAAGAAUUUGGAAUAUCAGAUGAACGUGCCCUUUCGCUUUUAGCUCUGAAGAACAAGAAGGCAGGACACCAUGAUGAACCAGUUCAUUGUGCUGCUGUUCGGAUACAAAAUAAAUUCCGCAGUUGGAAAGGCAGAAAAGACUUUCUACAGAUUAGGCAGCAGAUCAUUAAAAUUCAGGCUCAUGUGAGAGGACACCAGGUGAGAAAGAACUAUAAAAAGAUAAUCUGGUCAGUUGGAAUCUUAGACAAGGUCAUUUUGCGAUGGCGGAGGAAAGGAAGAGGGCUGAGUGGAUUCAAGCCCGAAGCAAAUGCUGUCGCUAGCAGUAGCAUGAUUGAACCGGGAACAAAAGAAGAUGACUAUGAUUUCCUAAAGGAGGGUCGGAAACAGACAGAGGAGAGACUGAACAAGGCCCUUGCUAGGGUGAAGUCAAUGGUUCAGUACCCAGAAGCCCGGGAUCAGUAUCGGAGGUUGCUUAACGUUGUAUCAGACAUGCAGGAAAAAAAGGCUGCACAGGAAAGGAUGUUGAUGAACAAUCUGGAAAUUGAUUUUGAUGAAGAUUUAAUUGAUUUUGAAGCUUUGCUGGGUGAUGAUAGCUUCAUGCCGAUAGAAUAGAGAUGGUAAAUUGUGUGACUAGAUUGCACUUGUAAAUUUGACAUACUAAUCGAUUUAAUCGUACAGUUUGUCAAGAAUAGAAAGAAUUACUGAUAGGGUUGGGGUUGGUAAUUAGUGUGUGAAACAACUUACAUUUCAACUUUCUUUUUUUGUACUAGAUUUGGUAUACUUUUUUUAACUAGUAACCAUAUCCAUUACAUCGUGUUUUACAGUAA